GGCUCAUCAGGCUUAUCAGCCUGGCAGCCCAGCCCCUGCCUGGAGACAUAAAUAGGCCAGGGAAGGGCAGCAGGCUCAGACCAGCUCAGAGACUUGCCUAAGGGCUCCAGGGAGGUCAUCCACACUGCAGGAUGAAAGCGGUGCUGCUGGUCGUGGCUGCGCUCUUCCUGGCUGCCCCAGGGAGCCAGGCACGGCACUUCUGGCAGCAAGAUGACCCCAAGACCUCCUGGGAUGUCGUGAAAGAAUUUGCUAACAAGUAUGUGGAUGCAGUCAAAGAGAGUGGCAAAGGCUACGUGGAGCAGCUGGAUGCCUCCUCCUUGGGCCAACAGCUAAACCUGAGGCUUUCGGAUAACUGGGAUACCUUGAGCACCAUCCUCACGAAGCUGCAGGCAGAUUUUGGGCUGGCGACCCAGGAGUUCUGGGACACCUUGGAAAAAGAAACAGAGUGGCUGAAGCAGAUAGUGAGCGAGGACCUGCAGGACGUAAAGCACAAGGUGCAGCCCUACCUGGAGAACUUCCAGAAGAAGGUGCAGGAAGAGGUGGAGCGCUACCGCGAGAAAGUGAGGCCGCUGGGCAUCGAGCUGCGGGACGGUGCUCGCCAGAAGCUGCAGGAGCUGCAGGAGAAGCUGACCCCGCUGGGCGAGGACCUCCGUGACCGCACGCGCGAGCACGUAGAUGUGCUGCGCACGCAGCUGGCGCCCUUCAGCGAAGAAAUGCGCCAGCGCCUGGCCAAACGGCUGGAGGAGCUCAAGGACAGCGCCACCCUCGCCGACUACCACGCCAAGGCCAGUGAGCACCUGAAAAUGCUGGGCGAGAAGGCCAAGCCCGCGCUGGAGGACCUUCGCCAGGGCCUGCUACCCGUGCUGGAGAACUUGAAGGCCAGCAUCCUGAGCUCCAUCGACCAGGCCUCCAAGCAGCUGGCCGCCCAGUGAGGUGCCCGCCGCUGCUGCUGCCUCAUCCCCUCCCCAGCGUUCACUUCCUUAGAAUAAACGUUUCUGAAGUGGAAAA